GUCUGCUGCUGCCACCACCACCACACCCGAGCAAGCGAGCCAGCAGCAUCAACCAACACCUCAGCACCAGCAGCACUGCAGCACUGCAACACCGGGGAUGGCGUCGGUGAAAGUGGCGGUGCGGGUGCGCCCGUUCAACAAGCGGGAGGUUGCACGCAACGCGACGAAGAUUAUUGAAAUGCAGGAGGCGUCCACACGCAUCACCAACCCAACAAACGCAAAGCCAAACACCUUCACCUUUGACUUCUCGCAUGACUCCUCGGACCCGGGUUCGGAGAACUUUGCCAACCAGCUCCAGGUGUACAAGGACCUGGGCCAGGAGAUGCUGGAGCACGCCUUCGAGGGCUACAACAUCUGCAUCUUCGCAUACGGGCAAACGGGUGCGGGCAAGUCGUACACGAUGAUGGGUGCGCCUGAGGCGGACCAGCAGGGUGUCAUCCCACGCCUGUGCCAGGAGCUGUUCCAGCGCAUCGAGGGCAACGACGACGACACCCUCGACUUCUCGUGCGAAGUGAGCUACCUGGAGAUUUACAACGAGAAGGUGCGCGACCUGCUCAACCCGCGCAGCACGGGCAACCUCAAGGUUCGCGAGCACCCUGUGCUCGGCCCUUACGUCGAGGAUUUGACCAAGCUCGUCGUGGCCAGCUACGCCGACAUCCACAACCUCAUGGAUGAAGGCAACAAGGCGCGAACCGUCGCUUCUACCAACAUGAACGCCACCUCUUCUCGCUCCCACGCCGUCUUUUCCAUCAUCUUCACCCAACGACAAAAGGUCCCGGGUUCUGAUCUCGUCUCCGAAAAGCAGAGCAAGAUAAGCCUUGUUGAUCUUGCCGGCUCUGAACGCGCCGUCUCAACCGGCGCCACAGGCAAGCGACUGAAGGAAGGGGCGAACAUCAACCGGUCUCUCACCACACUCGGCAAAGUCAUUUCCGCACUCGCAGAACUCUCAGACCCACACAAGAAGCACAAGAAGAAGAAGAACAAGGAGCAGUAUAUCCCAUACCGCGACUCGGCGCUCACGUGGCUUCUUCGCGAGAACCUCGGCGGCAACUCCCGAACAGCCAUGGUUGCAGCCAUCAGCCCGGCGGACAUCAACUACGACGAGACGCUGUCGACGCUGCGCUAUGCGGACCGCGCCAAGCAGAUUGUGUGCAAGGCGAUUGUGAACGAGGAUCCCAACGCAAAGAUGAUUCGCGAGCUGCGGGAAGAAGUCGCGCGCCUCCAGAGCAUGCUCCACAGCGGUGCUGACGACGUGGAGAAGAAGAAGGCGGCGGAGGACAUUCGCGAGUCAGAGAAGAUCAUGCAGGAGCUCAACGAGACCUGGGAGGAAAAGAAGUCAAAGACGGAGCUGAUCAAGCAAGAGCGGGAGGAAGCGCUGCGAGAGAUGGGCAUUGCGUUGAAGGACGACGGCGGUGCUGUUGGCGUGUUCUCCCCACAGAAGGGGCCCCACCUCCUCAACCUCAGCGACGACCCGCUCAUGUCGGAGCUCCUCCUCUACUACAUCUCUGCAGGCGUCACGCGGGCGGGCCGGCCCGAUGCGCCGGAGAAGCAGCACAUCCAACUCAGUGGCGAAGGCAUCGAGGCGAGCCACUGUGUAUUUGAGAAUGAGGAUGGCAAAGUGUUCAUCACGCCAUGUUCGGAGACAGCAGCUUGCUUCGUCAACGGCGAGCGCGUGACGGAGAAGACGCACGUGGUGACGAGUUCGCGCGUGAUUCUUGGGCACCACCACGUGUUUCGCUUCGUGAACCCUCAGGAAGCCAAGGCCAGGCGCGAGGCCGGCCUGUCGACACGCCCACUGGCCGCGGCACCGACGUCCCCAGACUCCCAGCAGCAGACAGCAGCACCUGCCGCAUCACAGCAGGCGCUCUCCGAAUGGGAGGCGGCCCAGGCUGAGCUGCGCGUCAAGCAGAACGCUCCGUCUGCCGAGCAGAUGGCUGCCUACCAAGAGACGCGCGACAAGGCCAACGACAAGAUAUCCGAGCUCGAAGAGCGGCUGGAGCGGGAGAGGCAAGAAGCAACGAAGCGGCUGGCAAAGCAGCGCGAGGAGUUUGAGCAGAAGCUUGCGCGCCUCGCAGAGGAGGAGCGACGCCGCGCGGAGGAGGAGGCAGAGAAGAAAGCACAGCAGCAGCAGCAGCAGCAGCAGCAAGAGCAAGAGCACGACCAACAGCACGACCACCAGCAGCAGCAGCGUGAGCAGCAGGCUGGCGAGGACCUCGUUGCUGCGUUUGGACGCAUGAGCACUGGGGGCGAUUCUGCUGUGACGACAAGCGAGAACACAACAUCGCCGCCACCAACAGCAGGCGCAGGCGGCGAUGUCGACGCAGCCGAGAAGCAUCUCAGCAACAAACAGCAGCGCGCUGUGUGGUGGGCGUUCAGCAAGUGGCGGCAAUACCAGGGCCGCAGCCUGAGCGACGAGCUCAUUGGCGCGGCGUCGCUGCUCAAGGAAGCCAACAUCUACAGCGUGGAGCUCAACAAAUCUGCCCAGUUCCAGUUUGCUCUCACCCGCCGCACAGAGUUUAUGCCCGGCGACUCAAAGGACGCCACCCUCAUGAUCGAGGUGACUGACCGCGAGACGGGCGAGCGGCUGGACCUGUGGUCCUUUGGGCGAUUCCGGGAGACGUUGUUCCAGAUGCAGGACUUCUACCACUCCGCCAUUGGCCAGGCGCCGCCAACAGCCAUCAGUGAUCCGUUCCCGUCAAAGGUGCCCUGGUUCAUUACGGUGGGCCGCGGUUUCGUGUCGCUCAAGAAUCUUCUCUUCAACGUCCCCAUCGAGCAUGACGUGACGCUCGUGAACAAUGACGGCAAUGUUGUCGGACACAUGCGCGUCAUGAUCCAGCCAGGACAACUGAUCAAGGACCUCGACAACCAGGACUCAGAGUCCGGCUUCCAAGAAACGAAUUUGGACGUCAACUGGUACGACAUUCUUGAGAUGCAGGAUGACCUCGACGAGGCAGCGGACGACACGGUGUGCGGCGCGCUCGCCCCCGCGCUGUGUGCGGCAUCGGGGGGAGCAGCAGCCAAGACUGCAAGCGCAGACAGCGCUAAGGCAGCGAGUGGCCGCAGCGAUGCUGGCGGGACGUCUUCGCUGGUGGACGACCUGAUUUGUCUGGAUGAGGAAAGCACGGACGCCGCUCCAGCGUCCGGUGAUCUGGACCCGCUCGCCUCCAAGACGAAGCAGCAGCUCAGCGACGACGACGCUGAUGGCGAUGGGGACGACGACGAAGACGAGGACUUCGAACUGAACGACGAGUUUCUUCGACAGCGCCUGGGCCAGAAGCUGCGGUUUGUGGUGACGCUGCUCAACGUCAAAGGAAUUGACAAGCGCUUUUGCGACGUCUUCAUCCAUUUUGGAUUCCAGUAUGGGCACCAAGAGAGCUAUGCGUCCUUCUCCACAGAGCCGCAGACCAACACGGGCGGUCCGCUCAACUACUACCACGCGCAGCAGCUCUGCACAGAGGUGACGGAGGGCUUUAUUGAGUUUGUGAAGCGUGGGCGCCUUCGCUUUGAGGCACUUGGCCACACAAGCAAGCACUCGCUGCACAACGACAGUCUGUUUGAUGGGCGCGCAGAGAGCCCGCACCAGAAGGACACGCACGACACCUCCCUCUUUGAAGACACCUUUGACGAUGACCUCCGCAACCUGAACCAGGGCGCGUCGUCCUCGUCCCCGUUUGGCACAACCGACGUCGACCCAGCGGACUAUCUGUCUGCGGACGUGUUGUUCAACACGGAGGUGUGCGAGCUUGACCCCGAGGGCGCAUACACGGCUGUGCCCGUGCGCAGAGAAGGGAAACCGCACGUGGACGAAGGCAUCUUCUGCCUGGCACAGGGCCUGCACCGCCGCAUUCGUGUCACCCUGUACAUGUGCAACACAGGCAGCCUGGCCUGGGAAAGCCUGCUUGACAUGUCGGUUGGGGCAGUGCGCGAGGGCAAGAACACGGUUCCGGAGAACCAUCCAUCUGUGAAGCUGAAUGUCAUCUCCACGGAGCGCAAUCCACGGGGCAACUCGUUCACGAUUGAGGCUGGCUGGGACAGCUCUCGUCACGAGAGCAUGCUGCUUGACCGCCUCACUCCCGCACGGAAACGCGUCUUCCUCACCCUCACCGUCACCAUGCUGCUGGACGGGUAUGAUCAGCCGGCCACGUUCCGCCAGGAUCUCUCUGUUCGCGUGCACAAGGAGCGCCAGUCAGAGGGCAUGUUCGCCCGGUUCUUGCGUGGAAACAUCCCUGACUGCCACAAGGAAGUGUCUGCGUUCCAAGUUACCAUGGUUCCGCAAAACGCGGAGGAGGCGCCUGCAGCCAGCCAGGACUCGAUGCGCAAAUACGUGCGCGGCGAAGAGAAUUUGGGGGCGUGGCGCCCUCGCUCGUCGUCCCUCAUUCUGGAGCACCAGGACCAUGUUGCAAAGCACCUCAAGAUGGCCGAGUUUGAAUGUGUGAAGCAAGAUCUUGCUCUGCUGGAGGAGGUUGCACGCGUGCCCACGCCCUCCGUCGACCCGGACAACCGCACCAAGCAGCAGACGGCACUUGCCCGGCGCGUGCUCGACAUGUGGCAGUCCGAGGACCUGGUGCAACGCCUGGAAUCCAACGCCCCUUCAGCGGAAACGCCUGCGCAGCACGACACGACGCCGGUGCCAGAGUCUGUGCAGUACUAUCCAGACGUGAAGAAGAUCACGUUUUCCGCCGCAUGCACAAAGCGCGGCAUGCUGGAGUUUCAGCGGCCAGGCGCUAACCCGAGCCAGGGCCACGUGUGGGAGCGGCACUAUGUGCAGAUUUGCCGGCCAUAUGUUCUCAUCUCCCACUCUGAGAAGGACCCUGUGAUUCGCGACAUCUGGCGCCUUAAGCAACUCACCAUCCAGUACUCCCACGAACAGGCCGUGAUGCUUGGCAACCCCAACACAUUCUCGCUCUGCACACCAAACUUUGCCAUCCACGCCAAAGCGAAAUCGCGGCUGGAGGUUGGGCGCUGGUUACACGCGUUUGAUCCGUUGCAAGCCGGCAGCAUCCUGAGCCGGGAGAGCAUGAGGCUUGAGACGCUUGGCGGCGGCAGGUCGCGCUCUGGCAGUCUCCUUGAGCUCUCCCGCCCACGUAGCGGUAGCGUGCUCUUCUAGGCCACCACUACCAAUUGCACCGACACCGCUGGGUUUCACCUCAGCCACUGCUGGUUGUUGUCUGUGUUGCUUUGCUGGUGUCCGCCCGAGUGACUGUUGCAUUGUUGUUGUUUCCUUCGCCGCCUUCUCCUUGCUUGUUCAUUCUCCAGCCAGCAGUAGCUGGUCCCCCCUCUUUUCCUUCCCUUAGCAGUCCAUCGCCAUAGUGUGUGUGUGUGUGUGUGUGUGUGUGUGU